AUGACCGAUACUGUUAUUCCAAGUAUAGAAUCAUCAUCUCUCAAUUUGUUAUGCCAGACUACGCCAAGUUCCCCUCUUUUGAGUAGUUCAUCCAGUUCCUCAAUCGCUACUACAACAAGCUCAAGUUCAAGAUCUUCAUGCUCACUACUAUCCAUAGCAGAAAAAGCAACUUCCACUCCAACAAGUAGUGGAAUUUAUGAUGAUUUAGAGAACAUGAUAGACCCCACAGUUAAAUUUGAAGAUGGCACAAUCGCUUGCACGGAUUUCCCAGUUGGUCAAGGUGUGAUUGCUCUAGAUUGGCUAUCAUUUGGCGGUUGGUCUGGUAUUCAAAACCCAUCAGAUGAUUCUACUGGUGGCACUUGUCGUGAUGGUACAUACUGUUCAUACGCUUGUCAAGCUGGGAUGUCUAAAACACAAUGGCCAUCCACCCAACCUUCCGAUGGCGAGUCACUAGGAGGGUUAUAUUGUAAGAGUGGUUAUUUAUAUAGAACAAAUACAGACACCGAUUACUUAUGCGAAUGGGGUGUAGAUGCUGCAUAUGUUGUAUCCGAAUUAGAUAGUUCCGUAGCUAUCUGCAGAACAGAUUACCCAGGUACCGAAAAUAUGGUAAUUCCAACAUAUGUAACCGCAGGUUCCACUCUUCCAUUAACUGUUGUCGAUGAAGAAACGUAUUAUAUAUGGCAAGGGUCUAUGACGUCCGCCCAAUACUAUGUAAACAAUGCUGGUGUGUCGUAUGAGGAUGGCUGUGCAUGGGGCACAGAUGGUAAUGGUGUUGGCAACUGGGCACCAUUGAAUUUUGGUGCUGGAUACACAAAUGGCGUUUCAUAUCUUUCAUUGAUUCCAAAUCCAAACAACUCAGGCGACAUUAACUUCAACGUAAAGAUUGUGGCUGCAGAUGACAGUUCCACAAUCAGUGGUACGUAUUACUGCGAAAAUGGAGUAUUUAGUGGUGAUAACACAGAUGGUUGCACAGUAGGUGUAACUAGUGGUAAGGCACACUUUGUUUUAUACUGA